CUCGACUCACACACACACAGACACUCGACUCACACACACAGACAGACACUCGACUCACACACACAGACAGACACUCGACUCACACACAGACAGACAGGCACUCACACGCGUCCUUCGCACGCCGGCGCAUGAAGCGUCCCAGUCGUGAGCCGCGAGUCCAGUGAGUUCAAGUGGUGGUCGCGCCACUCGCUACUUGCUGCCGUUAGUUGUCCUGCUUCUACAUUUAUAGUCAUCAACGAUCCCCACCAACGUUGCUACUCAUCAUCGUCAUCAGCACCACCACCACCAUCCGCUCAGGGUACAAAGGAGUCGGUGGCGAGCAGCGGACGGCAUGGAUUAUGAGCGAAGAGACGCGCAGUAUCGGGGGACGCCGGUGCUGGAACCUCUCCUGUCAACGAGGAACGAUGAUGAGGCUGUGCUGGACCGGGGCAAGACGAGCGCCAUCCUCUUGACAAACUUCGAGAAGGAGGAGCUGGAAGCUCACCGCACGGUGUACAUUGGCCUACACGUGCCCUCGGGCCGCAGGAGCCAUCGCCGUCACCGCCACCGCGGAGGCCACCGUCACCAUCACCGUCGCCGGGUCCGUGACAAAGAGGCCAACGCAGACGACUCGGAGUCUGGAUGCCAAGACACGCCGUCGCAGCGCGUGCAGUUCAUCCUGGGCGUGGAGGAUGACGACGAGGAGCAUGUGUCCCACGACCUCUUCACGGAGAUGGACGAGUUGUGCAUGCGCGACGGCGAGGAGUGCGAGUGGAGGGAAACGGCGAGGUGGCUGAAGUUUGAGGAGGAUGUGGAGGAUGGUGGAGAGCGGUGGAGCAAGCCGUACGUGGCGACGCUGUCUCUGCACAGCCUCUUCGAGCUGCGCAGCUGCAUCAUGAACGGCACCGUGAUGCUCGAUAUGAAGGCCACCACGCUGGAGGAGAUCGCUGACUUGGUGCUCGACAGCCAGAUCGCGUCGGGGCAGCUGGACGUGGCCGUGCGCGACCGCGUGCGCCAGGCGCUGCUCAAGCGCCACCACCACCAGAGCGAGAAGAAGCUGAGCCACCGCAUCCCCAUCGUACGCUCGCUCGCCGACAUGGGCAAGAAGUACUCGGACACGCACCUGCUGGAGAAGAACGGCCAUUGGCUCGGCGCCCACCGGGCCUCCCUGACUUGCUCGCGUGCGAACCUGCUCCAGAAGCGCGCCUCGAUCCCCAACAGCCCCCCCCCUACCCCUACCGAUGGCACCGCCCCCACCGAGUACGCAACCGAGCGGCCCCGUAGCCUGGCCGCGGGCAAAGGCGGCGCGGCACCUUCCCGCGGGCGGGAACCCCCUGCCGGAGACCGCCAUAGCUCGACGGCCGGAGCCGAUUGUGGUGACGGUAGCGGCGGCGGCGAUGACGAAAGUUGGGACGAGCCGCGCCGUAGCUCAACGGUGGUGCUCCCCGUUGUGCUAGAGGAGUUGCCGGCGCGCGCUGCGCUCCACCAGGGUUGUUGCAGCUGUGGCGGCCAGUGCCUGGCCAAUCCCUAUAGAGCCUGCAUGGAGCAGAGCCGCCUGGCUGCCGGGGCCAAUAGCUUCUUGACCUCGCCACAUUCGGCUCCCGGGAACCUGGCAGAUGGAGACAAGGUGUGCGAGGGCCGCGCAGGGGAGUCCAGCACUGUGGACUUCAGCAAGCAGCAGCCCUCAGCCACAUGGCAUUGUGGCUGUAUCUCCCCAGACCAAGGAUGGCCUGGCAUUGUCGUGGACCUGAACUUCCUGCGUAAAAUCCCGCAAGGAGCGGAAGCGUCGAACGUUCUGGUGGGGGAGGUGGACUUCCUGGAGCGUCCGGUCAUCGCGUUUGUGCGCCUCUCUCCGGCCGUGCUGCUCUCUGGGCUCGCGGAGGUCCCCAUCCCCACGCGGUUCCUCUUCAUUCUGCUGGGACCGUCGGGCAAGGCUACCCAGUACCACGAGAUCGGCCGAUCCAUCGCCACCCUCAUGUCAGAUGAGAUAUUCAGUGAUGUCGCGUACAAGGCCAAGGACAGGAAGGACCUCCUGUCGGGCAUCGACGAGUUCCUGGAUCAGGUGACGGUGCUGCCCCCCGGGGAGUGGGACCCCUCCAUCCGGAUAGAGCCCCCAAAGAAUGUCCCCUCUCAGGAGAAGCGCAAGCUGCCGAGCCUCGUCAACGGCGCGUCACAGGCGUUGGAGCCAGAGCACGAGAGCCACGGUGCGGGACCCGAGCUGCAGAGAACUGGCAGGAUAUUCGGGGGUCUGGUGCGCGACAUCAAGCGGAAAAUUCCGUUCUACUGGAGCGACUAUCGCGAUUCCCUGAACCUGCAGUGCAUCGCCUCCUUCCUCUUCCUGUACUGCGCCUGCAUGUCGCCAGUCAUCACCUUCGGGGGGCUGCUCGGGGAGGCCACCGAAGGACGCAUCAGCGCCAUCGAGUCGCUGUUCGGGGCUUCCAUGACGGGCAUCGCAUACUCGCUGUUUGCGGGGCAGCCGCUCACCAUCCUGGGCAGCACGGGGCCUGUGCUCGUCUUUGAGAAGAUCCUCUAUAAGUUCUGCAAGGACUACAAUCUCUCGUACUUGUCGUUGCGCGCGUGCAUCGGCCUGUGGACGGCGUUCCUCUGCCUCCUGCUCGUGGCCACGGACGCCAGCUCGCUCGUCUGCUACAUCACACGCUUCACCGAGGAGGCCUUCGCCUCCCUCAUCUGCAUCAUCUUCAUCUACGAGGCACUGGAGAAGCUCGUGCACCUGGGCGAGACGUACGAGGUCAACAUGCACGCCGACCCCGAGCUGCUCACCCAAUACUCCUGUGUGUGCGUCGAGCCGAGUGUUCCGAGCAACGAAACUCUGGACGCAUGGAGCAAUAUGAACCAUUCGGCGGACAGCAUUCCCUGGGGAAACCUGACAGUCAGUAAAUGCUUAGAAUUACACGGUCAGUUUGUGGGGACGGCGUGUGGCCACCACGGGCCCUACAUCCCUGACGUCCUCUUCUGGUCCAUCAUCCUCUUCUUCGCCACGUUCUUCCUCUCCGGAUUCCUCAAGCAGUUCAAGACCAUGCGCUACUUUCCCACCAAGGUUCGCUCCACGGUGAGCGACUUUGCCGUGUUCCUCACCAUCCUGAGCAUGGUGGUCAUCGACUACUUCCUGGGCAUCCCCUCGCCCAAGCUCCAGGUUCCCAGCGAAUUCAAGCCCACGCGGGAUGACCGGGGCUGGAUCGUGGACCCCAUUGGGCCCAACCCGUGGUGGACGAUCCUGGCUGCUGCCAUCCCUGCUCUUCUCUGUACCAUUCUGGUCUUCAUGGACCAGCAGAUCACGGCCGUCAUCAUCAACCGCAAGGAGCACAAGCUGAAGAAGGGCUGCGGCUACCACCUGGACCUGCUGUGGGUGGCCAUCAUGCUGGCCGUGUGCUCCGUCAUGGGGCUCCCGUGGUUCGUGGCGGCCACGGUGCUCUCCAUCUCGCACGUCAACAGCCUCAAGGUCGAGUCGGAGUGCUCCGCACCCGGCGAGCAGCCCAAGUUCCUGGGCAUCCGCGAGCAGCGCGUCACAGGGCUCAUGAUCUUCGUGCUCAUGGGUUGCUCCGUCUUCAUGACCGGUGUUCUUAAGUUCAUCCCAAUGCCGGUGCUGUAUGGAGUCUUCCUGUACAUGGGGGCCUCCUCUUUGAAGGGAAUCCAGUUCUUCGACCGAAUCAAGUUAUUCGUAAUGCCGGCGAAGCACCAGCCCGACUUCAUCUACCUGCGCCACGUGCCGCUGCGCAAGGUGCACCUGUUCACCGCCGUGCAGUUCACCUGCCUCGUGCUGCUCUGGGUCAUCAAGGCAUCGCCCGCCGCCAUCGUCUUCCCCAUGAUGGUCCUGGCGCUGGUGUUCAUCCGCAAGCUGCUGGACUUCUGCUUCACCAAGCGGGAGCUGAGCUGGCUCGACGACCUCAUGCCCGAGAGCAGGAAGAAGAAGUUGGAGGACGCUCUGCGCGAGCAGGAGGACAGCGAGCUCGGCAACAGCGGAGGCAGCCGGAGCCGGGAGACCCAGCGCAUACUGGAGGUGGCCGAGGUCGGCACUGUGCAGGUUCCACUGGAAGGAGGAAACGUUCUCAAGAUCCCUGUCAAGGGCAUCAAGUUCAGCCAUCAUGACCCUUCCAUCAUCAACAUCUCGGAGGAGAUGUCCAAGACGGCGGUGUGGAAAACUCUGGCUGGAAAUACUGACAACGCUCACGUGGAUGUCGAGAGCUCCGGGCAAAACCCCAGCAAGAAGGUGAACUUGGUGCCAGGAUAUGUCGAGCAUCAUGUAUCUUCGGAAACCUCGGUGUGAUGACUCGUGUAUCCCGUGGCGCCCUGCAAUGCCUCGCAGUCAGCGGCUUCCACCACCACGGUUGUGAUUUCCAGUCCCACUCGGCCACCCUUGCUGUGCCGUCUAGUCCUGCUCGGCGUGUAAGAGUAGCAUGGCGUUUCAUUUGUCAUGGCUUCGUAACUUGUCGUCGGCACACGUUCAUCAACAAUGAAAAAUGUUGAAUCUUGUGAAACAAUGAGAAGGAAAUAAGGUGUCGGAGAAAGGGGUCGGUUGUUGCCCUGAUGAAAUGAAAAAAAAAAACCCGACACCUUAAUGAACACGAUGAUCACGAUGCACAUUGAUUUACAUUGUGAAGGUUUAAUUGUGCAAUGCAGAAGCUUGAAUUAAAAAUCACUGCAAAGUACUGCGAGUGCAGCUUCAUGGACAGGGGGUACCCUUCCCAAGGGACUCGCAUUGAUCACUUAAGACUGCAACGUUCCUUCUGAAGUAAACUGCCAUGUAAUUAAGCACAUCCUUGAUUUCAAACGAUUCACUGUUGAAUAACAUCAGUAUGAUGAAAAAAACAUUUGUAUUUUGUUCCAGUACUUCCUUCAAUAGCACUUACUCGUAGUCCUUGAGUAAUACUUGUUUAAUGCUUUUGUUUACAGCACAUGUCGAUCAUACAUUAUUUAAUUUUCACUCAUAAUUUUUGUAUAUUUAGAUAACAGCUACAAUCGACAUUAUUUUGGUGAAAACCGUUAUGGUACUUUUGGGAGAUGUUUGUCGAACAAAAUGCUUAUCAGAUGAUGAUAAAUGCUCCUUUAAGGAUUAAUUUAUUUAAGAGAUUUCACUGGUGUGAUGGUGGUGUAUAUUUCUUUUGUUGUAAGCUGUAUGUUUUAUACAUUGCGCAUCAGAAAUGUUAUAGUCACUGCCAACAUUUGAUCCAGUCGCCUUAAUUAUGUUUCUUCUAAGUAACUCAAGUCUUAUAAAUGCAGUUUACUUGUCAACAAAUCUCCAUUGUAUUUCUGCUUAAGUGUGAUCAACACAGACAAUUUUGGAAAACUUGAUAAUGAAGAAUGACCAUAUGUAGAGUGGUUGUGAUUUUGACGAUCGCUGUACUUGUUACCCAGCACUCCUUCGGCUGUUUUGGGUUAAAGUUGUACUAAAAGGACCUGGGUGGGGUUUUUUCCCCCCCAUUUUGCAAGCUGGGCUAUAAUUCUCACUUGACACUGUGUUUUAGCAGGUGAAUCUACCCACCAGGUAAAGUGAAAUAUUGUAUUUGUGAGAGUAAUUUUGCCUGUUGGGAAAUAACACAUUUAUAGUAACCGUGAGAAGCCCGAAUGUGGAUUCUCCCAGUGACUGUGAAGAGCACCAGUUAUCCUUUUCGCAAUCAAGCGGUGUUGAUUUUUACAGAUCUAUAAUGCCCUUUUGAAUUAGGCUGUGAAGUAGUAUAACUCUUCCUUUUAAUGUUUGUACUUAAAGAUUCUUUUUCAACAGCUUCUACGUGUAAUUUCUACCUUUGACAAGAAACGUGAAAAUCAGUGUCUCUGUAUACCUGGCCUUCCUGUAGUAUUUCAUGACCUGGCCCAAUAAAGAAAAGUUAACAAAAAAUACGUGCCACAAGGCAUGUUUAUGUCCAAUAUCCACAGUACAAAGAGCCCAGUUUAAAGGCUCUUGGGACAGCUGUUAGGGUCCACAGUGAUACACAAUACAGCAUUUCUGACUGCCACUGUUGGUCCCAUGCUGUUAGAAAUAGGCAGUGAACAGUAACAUUGUGGAUGUGACAAAAAAAGCCAACAUUUCCUAGAUUCAUUAUCUCUGGGCCCAGCAGUGGAGUUUGUUUAAAAAAUUUGAGCUACAUCUUUCAAACAGAAACGUUCGUAUUUUGUAAAGAUGUGAAAUGACCCGUUUUUAAUGAGGAAAGCAAUAAAUUAAUAAAACUGGAA